AUGACAGACAUUAUAAACGGUGUAUCUCUCACCCUCCAACUUCUUGAUGGUUGCAUCAGAGUGAGCGUCGUGGAGAUGCCAGAGUCAUGUGCAGAAAGAAGACAAAAUCUAAUUAUCGAAUAUAACUGGCUCCUUGCCUGGGCAAAAGAAGCAGAAUUAAUGGAAGAAAAAUCCCAUGACAGCAUUUCCAGGAGCCUUGGCGCCUCCCAGUUAGAGAUAGCUGCAGUCUUGUCGGCAAUUCGCACAAUUUUGGAGACUAUCACAGAAAUGCAUGGAAAGUAUGAGGAGCUGCGGCCCGUUAUCGGCCAACGGCAGAAAUCCGAACCACCAAUGCCACUGAAAAGCUCUCUCACAGAAGUAUCCACCAUGGUACUUACGUACAAUGAAAAGAAGGAAGCCAGAAAUCCAUUAUUGAGCUCAGUUGGCAAGCUAUUUGCAGGUGUUGGUGCUGUGUUCAAACAUCCAAAGCGAAUCCGUUGGGUCUUAAUAGACCAGGAAGCUUUUGAUGUUGCACUUAAACGCCUACAUGACCUUACGAACCAUUUGCGUGGAUUAACGGGAGAUUCUCGCCUGAGAACGAUUCAAAACACGGUUGAGAUGACGUUUAUGGAACUGGUGCAGUCAAUGGACACGCAGAAGGAACUAUUGGCUCUGGUGCGAGCCGUAGUAGCGCUUCUUGAAGAUCCUGGAAUCAGCCAAGCUCAGGGAGAAAAUAGGUCACGAAAUGAGUUGCAAACACUGCGUGAUUUGGCUAAAUUGAAGGAGUUGAACAUUGCAAGCAAGAUGGGGCAUCAAAUACCAGCUGACCGCAUUCAAUAUACCGUAGACGAAAUAUCUAGUACAAUCACGACUGCAAAAUACCAGGACCAUCCAGAGGAGAAGGGAGAAUCUACAAGCGCCCUGCUCGGCCCAAAUAGUCGAGGCGUCUGGAUUGAAUGGAAACGGUAUGGGAUGGGAGACUUCAAGAACGGCCUUAACCGCCAUGGGGAACAAGCCGAGGCCAUCCGCCGAGAAAUCAUCUCGCGAGCAGCCCAGUUGGCGAAACUUCUCGCAUGCCCUAAAGCUGCAGAUUUUUGUACUCCGACUUGUCUGGGGUACCUGGACGAACCUGAGAAGUGUCGCUUGGGCUGGGUCUUCGCCAUGCCGGCCGGGAGGGCCCAUCCCCCGAGAAGCCUCCGUUCGCUACUCUACGGUAUUGCGUGCCCAUCACUCACAGAGCGAGUCGCACUGGCAUCAAAACUUGCUGCGUGCCUCUUACAUUUGCAUGCAGUUAACUGGCUCCACAAGGCUCUUCGCAGUGACAAUAUCUUGUUUGUUUACGAUGAUGAUGAUGAUGAUGUUCCCCCUCUAUCCGAACCUAUUGUGUCGGGAUUUGAUCUCUCUCGGCCGGACGAAGACUCGGCAAAGACGGUAGAGAGGAUGGAUGCAAAUCCGAAGCGAGAUAUUUACCGUUGGCCGUUGAGCCAGACUUCCUUACCGGAAGAGAAUCGGGCACGCAAGACGUUCGACAUAUAUAGCCUUGGGGUAAUCCUUCUCGAAAUUGCACACUGGAAGCCCAUAGAGACAAUCAUGGGAUUCCCAGAUGUGGACGGCAUCACGACUAGCCAGUCUCUUAAGAUUCGCUCUAGGCUUUUGAACACGGAGCCCCAACUCCUGGACAAACUUUUGGAAAUAAUGGGGAGGAAAUACCAUGACGCCGUCAAGGCUUGCAUUACUGGUCCUGAAGGCUUCGAACUCGCCGAGGGUGAUAAUCAGACUGACCCUGCUGUAGGAAUAACCCUGCAACGGAUGUAUAUGGAACGAGUUGUUCAAAAGCUGAAGAGCCUGGAUGUUUGA